GGAGGGGAGGGGAGGGGAGGGGAGGGUCGGGUCGGGUCUUGGCCCUUCCUGAUGUUCUUUCUGAGUCUACAACACAACCUGAGAAAAGUGCAGUGAUUGAGAACCAGGGAGGAGACAGUCCCAGAUCAAUUCCAGGCUCCUCCCACUUCCUCACAUUGCCAUCUGCAUCACCACACCUGACUGCUGAGUGCCCACAGACACACGCGCGCGCGCGCGCGCACACACACACACACACACACACACACACACACACACACACACUUAUCACACACCUCCCUAAUGUCCAGCUUAGGUCCUACUUCCACAAAGUCUUCCCCGAUCUUUGAAGUGUCUAGCUAUAUGAAGUAAGAUGGUUUUGAUUUUAUCCUGCCAAGAAUUGUUCUAUCAAGACUUGGCUUCCACAGAUGACGGGUUUCCCACUAUAAAAUCCACUGGUGGGUUAGAACCAUCAACAUGAAGUCCAUUAAGCAUGCUGCCAGGAGUAGGAGACGCCUACAGAAAAGGUCACGCUAAUUGUAAGUAAAUAUGUACUGAGUCCCGAACAAGGAAACUCACUUUCCCAUAGUUUGUCCUUGUCAUAAGGGACCUUCUGGACCACUGACAGGAAAUCACCUAAGGUCAAAGCACAGGCUGAUAAGGUACCCAGAAACCAGUUCUUUGAAAAGUAGUUGAAUACAUUAGGGUGUGGGUUGGGACACAUGAGACUCACAGGCACAUGAUGUCUGUACCCAGAGGUCACUUGGGAGACAUGCUACAAGGUCCUGUCUGAGGCCCAGGGGCUGCUGGGGAUGUCAUAGAAGAUACAUUUGACUCAGCAUGAGGACUCAGUUUCUAAUUCUAAACACUAAAUCAUCCGACUCUGAAAGAUGACCUACCCUCCCCCCUUUGCAUUUUAUUUUAUGGAUGGGUCUCAUCACAUUGACCAUGUUAGCCCCAAACUCACAAUCUUCCUGCAUCACCCUCCCAAGUGUUUGGGUGACAGACAUUCACUCUCACAUCUGAGGAAACAUGGUUUCAUGACGCAACUUUCUCUGCCUUGAGUGCUUGUAUGUUGCUGGGCAGGAGAGGCAAGACCAUGUGGCAUAGGGUUGGAAGGAUGUACAGUGCUUAGUCAGUUCCAGACCUAGGAAGCACUGAGGCUGUAUAUCCCUGAGCAGUAUAGGACUGGAAGAGCUAGAGCGGGGCUCCAGCCCCUUGUCCUAGCCUUCUUCCUCCUUAAGAACAGUUUCGGGGACCAGCAAGAUGGCUCAGCAAGAAAAGACACUUGCCACCAAGCCUGACCACCUGAGUUUGAUCCCCAGAUCCCACAUUCCUACAUUGUAGAAGGAGAGAACCAACUCCCACAAGUUGUCCUCUGAGACUCCAUAGUCUCCCCUCCCCGUCCCCGUGUGUGUGUGUGUGUGUGUGUCUGUCUGUCUGUCUGUCUUUCUGUUUGUCUCUGUCUGUCUCUCUGUGUGUAUCUGUCUCUGUCUGUCUCUCUGUCUCUGUGCGUGUCUGGCCCUGUCUGUCUCUCUGUCUCUGUGUUUGUGUGUCUGUCUCUGUCUCUCUGGGUAUGUCUGUCUGUCUGUCUCUAUCUGUCUCUGUCUGUCUCUAUCUCUGUGUCUCUCUCUGUGUUUCUCUCUCUGACAUCACACACACACACACACACACACACACACACACACACACACACACACAAAUAGAGAAAAGAGGGAAGAGACUACAAUAGCCCAAAGAGAGCCUAAAAGUCUUCACACUUUAGUCCUGAGGAAGAUGUGUAUAUUGAGGAAGAGGAGGGACUAUAACCAAGCUUUGAAGGCAGAGAAAGGUGAGACUGGACUAUGGAGGAGAUGAUGGAAGAGGAAUGCUGCCAGGACAGGAUCCCCUCGGGAGGAAAGGGAAGGGUAAUAACAAUGGCAAAGCAGAGAACAGCACGGCCUGUGUGGGUGGUGAUUUGGCUUAGAAGGGGAGGGUGAUUGCAGAGUCGGGGCAAAGCAAAGCAAAACACACAAACAGUAGUGCCUUUAGGUACAGUCUUACACCAUCGUGGACUAAGUCGGGAAAUGCCCUUCCAUGGAGGAAAACCCACCAGGACAAGACCUGGUGGGAAAUGGAUCAAUGCCCACCACAGUUCUUCAUGAAAGAAGCAGCUUUCAGGAUGGGACAGAGCAGGCGCGGUGAGCUUGCCAAUGGGAGAGGUUGACAACCAUGGAGUCAGGACCCUUGGGUGCAAGGUAGCCAUCAUUGGACCAUUGGUGCAUUAUGGGAUCCUGGGCGCUGGCAUCGACCUUCUCAGCAUCAGACAGUGACCAGCCUGGUGACGCAGAGCUGUAGCGAUGAACUACCCACUAACCUUGGACAUAGACUCCAUCACCUACAACAUGGAUGAGCUGUACAAGGAACUGGCCAUCUACAGUAACAGCACGGAGAUCCCCCUACAGGACAGUAUCUUCUGUUCUACAGAGGAGGGGCCCCUACUGACUUCCUUUAAGACGAUAUUCAUGCCUGUGGCCUACAGCCUCAUCUUCCUCCUGGGUAUGAUGGGAAACAUCCUCGUACUGGUAAUCCUGGAGAGGCACCGGCACACUCGGAGCUCAACGGAGACCUUCCUGUUCCACCUGGCAGUAGCCGACCUUCUCUUGGUCUUCAUCUUGCCUUUUGCAGUGGCUGAGGGCUCUGUGGGUUGGGUCCUAGGGACCUUCCUCUGCAAAACUGUGAUCGCCCUGCACAAGAUCAAUUUCUACUGCAGCAGCCUGCUGCUGGCCUGCAUAGCUGUCGACCGUUAUCUGGCCAUCGUCCAUGCGGUCCACGCCUACCGCCGCCGCCGUCUCCUCUCCAUCCACAUCACCUGCUCGACUAUUUGGCUAGCCGGCUUCCUAUUUGCCUUGCCAGAACUCCUCUUUGCCAAGGUUGUCCAACCUCAUAACAACGAGUCCUUACCACAGUGCAUCUUCUCCCAAGAAAAUGAAGCCGAAACUAGAGCCUGGUUCGCCUCCCGGUUUCUCUACCACACUGGGGGCUUCCUGCUACCGAUGCUCGUGAUGGCCUGGUGUUAUGUGGGAGUGGUACACAGGCUAUUGCAGGCCCAGCGGCGCCCUCAGAGGCAGAAGGCAGUCAGGGUGGCCAUCUUGGUGACAAGCAUCUUCCUUCUCUGCUGGUCACCCUACCACAUUGUCAUCUUCCUCGAUACACUGGAAAGGCUGAAGGCUGUGAACAGCAGUUGCGAAUUGAGUGGCUACCUCUCGGUGGCUAUCACCUUAUGUGAAUUCCUGGGCCUGGCUCACUGCUGUCUCAAUCCCAUGCUCUACACCUUCGCUGGCGUAAAGUUCCGCAGUGACUUGUCUCGGCUUCUGACCAAGCUGGGCUGUGCUGGCCCGGCCUCCCUUUGUCAGCUCUUUCCGGGCUGGCGCAAGAGCAGUCUCUCUGAGUCAGAGAACGCUACUUCUCUUACCACCUUCUAGAUCCCGGGGUCUCAGCCCCCGGCUCUGUUUCUGUUUUCCUUGGGAGCAUAAACGUGGUGUUAGAAACCUGUCUAACAUAAGCUGGGAUUCUAAGAGCUAUUGGGGCCAGUGUCCCCCAGCUGGGACGGCUAGACAAACUCUUUCUAGAAUGUUCCCAAAGCUCUUCUGCCAGCCCUCAGGCUAGACUAGAGCCACAGGAGGGGAAAGCGGCCCAAAGGCAAGGCAAGCAAUACCCAGACCACCUAUAUCCCCUUGGACGAAGAGGACUCCACACACCUCCCAUCUUAACAAGCUAAAGUGAAGACUCAGCUUUAUUUCUUCCUGGCCAUAGGGAAAAGCCACCUCUGCCUGCGGCACACAGUCUCAUCUUCCUCCCAAUUAUGAGCUCAGACUCUCCUCAGCUACCGACUGCUGCAGCUCCCCAUUACUCCUACACCACUGAGGAACAGCCACCUGGCGGCAGACUGUGGCCUUAAUGUGCCUGUCUCCUAAAUACAGACGUAUGCCAGACCUUCACCCGUGCCUUUCUCCUAACCAGCAGGAACCUGAAACUGAUCUGCUUUAGGUAGCUGUCUGCUCCAACCAAACCACCACUGGAUCAGCCCCAUGUUACUGGAUCUUGGAUUACAGACUGAGGGCAAGUUCCAGAAGGUCCUGGAACCUUGCCAGUAUCCUGAGAAGAGUAAAGGGCAAGCAAGCCAGCAGGAAAGAGGCCCAGUGGAAAAAAAUGGAAAGACACCUUUUCCAGGCUCCAAAGAGGAACAAGUAAAAAUCCAACCCAGCUGUCUUCUCCACCCAUGGACCAAAGCUUCCAGAUUGGCAGGGAGAUGAGAUCCAGGGCCCUAGUGGAUUCUGGGCACCGAUGGGGAAGGAGGUCAACUGCCUGGGGAAAGUAAGCCUCAGGAGAGGGGACAUUUAGCUAAGAGAAUGAAGAUAGAGGUCCCUGUCUUCAUUAGGUAGAGACAAAGUGAGAAGCCGACCUGGGUGGGCAAGUCCCCAGGCCCAGGGAGGCAGUACCUUGCACCUGGGAGGGUACUACUCAGAUAGAACCAGCGGAAACUGCUCCACACCUACUUAGGGGAAGCCAGCAGGCAACUCUGAGCUCUGCUUCCUCCCAGCCACUGAUCUAGGAGGGUGGGGGGUGGACUGAGGGAAGCAGAGUUGCCUAGCACCACUCAAGUCAACCAUACAGGCUCCCGGGGGACCCCACUGGGGAAAUCAAUGCUAUAGCUCCGGAGACUGUAUCCUCAUUGCAGAAUGGUGGUGACACCUGGGGAUCCCCUUUUCUGCUCCCAGCUUCUGACAGCCAGCUGGGCAGAGGCGAAACCAGACACAGAAAUAAAAAUGCAAGAGAAGGCA